AGCCGUAAUGACCAUAUACGUACAUUCAAAAUUUCAGCUUUUCUUUAAAAUUGUACAGAGUAGAGCGGCGGGGUAUCAUGGUCAGGCUCAUGGUACUAGCUCGUCACCAGGUCGUCGGCUGAAAGCGAUUUGUUUGGCAUUGUUCUUUCAAACUUAACAACCACAUGGUAUAAAAAAAAAAAAAAAAAAAAAAAAAAUCGUUCUUCGUAGCUGUUCUCUUGGUUCAUGUUCCAACAGUCUGAUGCAAUAUUGUUGGUGGUUCUUUCAAACGCAGGAUUAUCACAGCGGAGCGGAGCACGGCCUUGCAUUCCUGCCUACACUUUGGCGUCAGCUCACUGGCACCAAGAGUAUUACGAGUCACAUUUUUGUAUACAGACAGAAUAAUCUUAGGAAGUCAAAGGUCAAAAUCAGACGCAAUACACAUGUCUGCAGUGUUUGUGGAAAUGAUAUAAUACAUUUGCCUUUAAAACAACUAACGGUAUUGAACAACAUUAUGCUCCUCUUUUCAGUAUUUCCAUCAUGAGCCCUACAUUGUCCGUAUUGCGAAUACACAUGAUGAUGAUGAUGACGAUAACAGCAACAACAAUUGUUAUUAUCAUUAAUAUUAUUAUUAUUGUAAUGAUCAUUAUAAUCAUUAUCAUGUUAUGUAAUGUUAGUAUGUGUGUGUCGGUGGGGGAACGGGGCGGGGGUUGUCAGUGAGGCGUGACUCUGGGACGGACUCACGUGUGUGAAUGAGGAAGCCUCCCCAUGUCAUUAUCGUUACAGCGGACAACACCCAGCCGCCCCCACCACGCCGCGGCUGUGGCCAGUGUUUCCACGGCCGCGUUCGAGCAUCAUCGGUGGGUGUGCAAAGAAAAUUAAUCAAAACACUAUCAAUUUUUCUGCUUUAAAGACAAUACAACAUGAAAGAGGAAAACAUGGAAUAAUCUUCAGGUAAUUUCACUGUUGUGCAGAAGUGAGUGACUGUGCAAUCUAAAGGGCAAGGUGUGUCCGGUGAUGAUCGCGAGGUAACACUCAGGAUCUCAAGUGAAGGGCGAUGAAACCUGUUGACAUACUGAAAACAUAACUGACGUUGAUAUGAUGGUUCACUGUGCAAAACACAACGCUAUGAGCCUGAUGCUGGUAUCACUGCUCUAGCGGCCUCUCUCCUCAGGAUUCUGCAGCGCCCAGACAUGUGACACAAAGACGUGGUAGGGAGAUACGUGCAUGUCUCACGUCAAUGCUCUCAAGACAGUCCUCGCACAUCACUAUUUCGCCCGGGAGUGCAGCACUAACUGGACUUUUCAUCACCACUACGAAGGCAGGAACAACGAAAACGACCAGACUCUUUCAUAUUUUCAAAAGGUGUGCGUGAUGGUGGUGACGCUGGGCAGGUGCGGGGUGAGGUGCGGCAAGGCGGUGCUGCUCGUCUUCAACCUCGUCUUCUUCGUGACGGGCCUGGCGGUGAUAGUGGUGGGCGUGUGGUGCGUGGCUGGCGAUGGACGUGACGUGAUGCUGGUCCUAGCCCCCACACCUGACCACCUGCCCACUCUCAUUCACCUGGCGUACGGCUUGGUGGGAGCGGGCGGAGUGGUGCUUCUCACGUCCGUGUUGGGCGUGUGGGCAGCCCUAAAGGAGAACAAAUGUGGUUUAGGAUGGUACGUGUUGGUGGUGGUGGCGGUGAUCAGCGGGGAGGUGGCAGUAGGGGUGUUGGGGGUGGUGUACCAGCUGCGUGCUGUACAUAACCUGGGAACGUCUCUCACCGAGCGGCUCAAGGCCCACUAUGCCGCGCCAGGCCACGAGACCUUCACCCUCGCUGUCGACUAUGUGCAAUACCAGCUUCAGUGUUGCGGUGUGGGCGGCCCGGAGGACUGGAAGGAGAGCACCUGGUUCCUGGAAGGUGUGGGUGGUACUGGCCGUGUCGUACCCCUGACCUGCUGCAGCCUUCACCUCGCCCCUGCCGCCUAUGUCAACCCAAAGCCCCUCAACACCACCCUGUGUCAAAGUGAUGAGCCGAUCGCACAACAAAUUGCCCGCCAUCAGAAGAAAAUGAAAAAUAGCAGAGUGAGGUACGCAAGGAAGAAUUAUGAAGAUGAGAACGAAGAAGACGACGACGAUCCUGACGACGACAACGACGACGACGACGACGAAGAGGAGAAGGAGGAGGAGGUAGAGGAGGAGAAGGAAUAAAAUAAAAAGAAGAAAAUAAUGAGAGGAUAAUGUGUUAAUCGCGGUGAGGCUUAACAUUAAUUAUUUCAUAAGUCUCCUUGAGCAGACACUCGAUUAUUUUGUCGAGCUUGGAUGGCACGGAAUUAUUGUCUCCACUUGUUAGUGUCAGUCUCUUUGUAUUUGUAUAUUUGUGCCAUGCUUACCAGCACUAUGUCCCGCCGCACACUGAUACUGUAUUAGGCAUCCUAAGGUCGCGUCAAUCAUGACGUGACACAAAUGAUCGUGAAUAUAUCGCUGAAGGUCACUCACGUAAUAUUUGGAGUUGUGUUUCUGCUUUGCUGUACCACGUACUGCAUGUAUUAUAGACUUAAACGCAUAGUUGGGUGUGAUUUAAAAAAAAAAGGGAAAAUAAAUUUGCUAAUGUAUGAUUUUAUAAAAGAAAGUUACUUUUUUUCCCUAUCAUCCCCCACCCAUAAAUUUGUCUAAUGUUCUUUAAACCUCCUUAUUGACCCGGCACUAAUAACCUAAUAACUCAGUCUGCUCCAUUCUUCCACCACUCUAUUUGAGAAGCAAUGUCUUCCUCUCCCUUUCUUAAAUUUACCAUGAAGCCGUUGUCAUCCCGAUUACUAAAUCUGAGUAUUUUGUUGAAGUCAUUCAUGUUAUAUCCAUUUAUUUAAUACUUAAAUACCACUACCAGAUUCCAUCUUACUCUAUGCCACUCUCAAGAAUAUAGAUGAAAAAAAAAAAUUUCGCAAGAGACAUUUAACACCCUACUGUAUCUUUUUAGUCAUUCAACUCUACGUACUCUGACUCAAGCAGACAACACUUCAUCAUUCCCACAACAUGGAGACCAAAACCACACAGUGUAAUCUAGAUAAGAUCCGACCAGUCCCUGGCAGAUAUAAGUUCAAUAUUACAUCAGGAGUUGUACUUUUAUCAUGGUCUUUCAAUAACCAUCCGUCACACCAUCACCACAAUCAUCAUUACUCUUUUCAUCUCUUAUCAGCAUUCUUCUUCUUGCAAUUGUUUGAAUCAUCGUUCCUCACGUCAUCGCUCUAAUCAUCGUCAUCCUCGCCGCUUUGAACGUUACACAUCACCGACACACACGCAUCAACACGCCCACACACUGCUACAACCCUGCACCGCCAUGACGACCAACGCAGCACCAUCAAGACAGAAGUCCAUAGUUUUGUUCAUUCACACAACAACCGUACCCCAGCGCCCCAUACAACAACACACACACACACACACACACACACACACACACACACACACACACACACACACACACACACACACUACUGUUUAUGGUGUUAUUCUUUACUGACACAUCUACUACGCAGUGUCCCUAUCCAUCCUUGUAUAGAGUACUGAUCCUUUGUACAUGAAGGGGCUCAGUUCACUCACUGUCUUCCAAAAUAAAGUAAAGUUAAAAGUUUUCCGUCAUACUGCUUCCUCUCCUUUUCAUUGUCUCAUUCACCGUCGUGACGUCUCAUCUCUUGCUGUCUGUUAUCAUUGCUAUCGGUUAUUGCUCUUCAUGACUCGAAAACUACAUACUUCCGCCCACUUUUGCCCAAUCACACACACCCCUUACUGCGCAAUUUUGUUUUUGACUUAUUCAGCUCCCUUCUUUAAUGCAGGAGUUAAUCAGUAUUCCCAUUUUUUUUUCUUUUCUUUUUUAUCCCUUUCACUGGUAAACUCUGAAAAUCUCUCCAUGUUACUGUUUUCUUCAGAAUCUAAAUUGGCUGCUCUGCCUCGGUGCUCCUCUCUCUCUCUAUUUCCUUUAGAGAGCACCACUGUCAGCGGGCUUUUUCUUAUCCUCCUA